AUGGCGACUUUUGUGAGCAGGGUCCAGUUCUUGGAUGAUACUGAUCCAUUCAAUAGCACCAACUUCCCCGAGCCGACCAGACCUCCUCUGUACACCUUCAGAGAGGACAUCCCACUGAUCAACCAGAUCUCUGGGGUCCACCGGCUGCUCCGGGCCCCGCACAAGCCUGAUGACUGUGCCCUGCAGUUGUCCCACAAUGGAAGCUACCUGGACCUGGACUCCACCCUGGCCGAGCAGCGGGACGAGCUGGAGGGCUUCCAGGAGAACGUAGGGAGAGGAAAGAAACACAGCAUAAUUCUUCGGACCCAGCUCUCAGUCAGAGUCCACGCCUGCAUCGAAAAGCUGUACUUGUCCACCGGCCGGGAGCUUCGCAGAGCCCUGUUUUCCCUCAAGCAGAUAUUCCAGGAUGACAAAGACUUGGUGCACGAGUUCGUGGUGGCCGAGGGGCUCACGUGUCUGAUCAAAGUGGGCGCUGAGGCCGACCAGAACUACCAGAACUACAUCCUCAGGGAGCAGCUGAGGAAAGAGCUGCAGAGCACUCCCCCCUGA